GCAUUCUAAGACCCAAGCCGGGCCCACGGGCCAAGAGAGUAGGUUGGUGGGCCUAUUGACCAGGCUGGUAUUUAGUGACCGUGGGCCUUAGAAACGAGUGGACCCGAUCUUGCAACUUCUGCGCCAGCUCAGCAAUUCCUCCAGACAAGCGAUUCCCCCCACUUUGACUGGCAUGGUGGCAUUUGCUGCAAGUGUAGAGAGGGGCUGAGAGAGGGAGAUGGGUUCAUCAAGCACAACAGCAACCACAACAACAACAACAACAACAACAACGGAGAAGAAAGGGCUGGGAUGGAUGGAAUGGCUGAGAGGUUGGUUUUACGUAAUUUACGAGAUGCUCUUCCAGCGGAUCACUGCCAGCCAUAUCCCCAACCCUCUUGAUUUGUCCCCUCUCCCUGAUCUCACCUGCAUCGUCACCGGUUCCACCAGUGGAAUUGGCCUCGAAAUCGCCAGGCAAUUGGCAGAGUCAGGGGCACAUGUUGUCAUGGCAGUGAGGAACCCGAAAGCAGCUCAUGAUUUGAUUCAGAAGUGGCAGAAUGAAUGGUCUGGAAUAGGGGCGCCCCUUAAUGUUGAGGUGAUGGAACUUGAUCUUCUCUCGCUUGGCUCAGUUGUAAGAUUUGCUGAAGCAUGGAAUGCACGUUUAGCUCCGUUGCAUGUUUUGAUCAAUAAUGCUGGCAUCUUUUCAAUAGGAGAGCCUCAGCGCUUUUCAAAAGAUGGGUAUGAAGAACACAUGCAAGUGAACCAUCUGGCGCCAGCUUUGCUGUCAAUAUUGCUUUUGCCAUCUCUAAUUAGAGGAUCUCCCAGCCGAAUUGUUAAUAUGAAUUCCAUUAUGCAUGCCGUGGGAUUUGUUGAUACAGAAGAUAUGAAUGUGAUCUCUGGGAAACGGAAAUAUACAAGUUUAGUCGGUUACUCAAGUAGCAAGCUUGCACAGGUCAUGUUUAACAGCAUCUUCCAUAAGAGGAUACCUGCAGAGGCUGGCGUUAGUGUUAUGUGUGUAUCGCCUGGGAUUGUACAAACAAAUGUUGCAAGAGAUCUACCUAAAAUCGUUCAAGCGGCUUAUCAUCUGAUCCCCUAUUUCUUAUUCAGUGCUCAGGAAGGGUCUCGUAGUGCGCUUUUUGCGGCCACUGAUCCACAGGUCCCAGAGUAUUGUGGGGUGUUAAAGGCUGAUGAAUGGCCUGUCUGUGCAUACAUCUCUCAUGACUGCCGGCCGAUGAAUGCAUCAGAAGAGGCUCAUAAUGUAGCGACUUCUCAAAUGGUAUGGGUAAAGACACUUGAGAUGAUUGGGCUUCCUUUGGAUGCCGUGGAGAAACUUAUAGAAGGGGAACAAGUCCAGUGCCGAUAUGGGGUCGAUGGCUAGUGGACUUUUUGGGAAUGGUUGCACUUACACGACAAUGUUAUAACAACCAUUAGAACCAAUGGCUCAGCUGAAUCAGAUUAGUCUUUGACCUGUGAACACAUCUGGCCAUGCCUGGAGCUGACGAUUUUGCUCUUAGCUUAGGAAAUUCAAUUUCGGAUUUAAUUGUUGUUUCCUUUUGUUGCAUAAUACAUAUGCAUGCAUGUACAUUCAUUUGAUAUUAUUCACCAUGUAUGAUGUAGAAGCUUAA